UGUGAAAAAUCAACAAAAUGCAAAUUAAUUGAACGAAAUUAAUUUUGUGCGUUGUAACAAACCAGUGAACUGCAUUAAAAAGUAAAUUACGAAAAAAAGAAAAAAUAAAAAACAAAAAAUGGAUAUAAAAACCACACCACCACCCACACUAAUCAACUCACGCGCCACCGCCUCACCAGCGCCAACGGUUAAUAAUGUUAGCGCCACUUCAUCAGCUCCCGCAUCGCCAACUGCGGCGUCGAUUGCCACCUCCACAGCCGCCGUUGCAGCGCUGAACAGUGUGGCGGCGCUGACCGGCAUCUCCAGCGUGCAGAAACAGACUUUUCAAAACAUUUUCGAAAAACUCAUUACCAAUAAUGGCGACGGCGGUGGCAAAUUUCCACCUAAACAAUUGGAGAAUUUCCGAAAUUUAUUGGAAAAUGUACGCGAUUCGAAGAAUCUGCAGUUAAUUGUGGAGAAAUUUAAAAAUUUGGAGCAAUUUGAACAGAAUUUCUUAAGCGGCGGCAAUAAUAAUACGGUGAUUUCCGAAGAUGCUGAUUUCACAUUGAAGGACACCUCUAGAAAAUUUGGCACGGGUGGCCAAACAUUAACGCCACGCCACACAAUAGACGCCAUAUUGGGAUUGAAGAAUCGUAAUGAUUGCCAUGAAGUUAAUGAUGACGCCACCGAUCUGCGUUGCAACAUGUCGCUGGCGCAUUUGCGCAAUAUGGAUAAUCACAUGGCUUCAAUGCUGCAACAGUCAACACAACAACAUAAACAUGGCUCAUACCAUAAUAUGCAGUCGCCAUCGCCCGGCCACCACCAUCCCCAUGGAGCCGCCAUGCAUUUAGGCACACCGCCGCCACCGCACUCCGCGUCACAUCACCCGCACCAGCAAGCGGUCAACUAUCACAAUGCAAUGAUGUCGUUUCCCCAUCAGAGUAUAACCAACGCCAGCGGUGGCGCCAACAAUCAUUUGAACUACCCACCACUCGAUGCCGCCGGCAGUGCCGAUCAGUCGGGCAGCACACGUAACAGUCCGUCCAUGAACAGCAGUGAUUAUCUCAAUUCAAUGCAUCAAAUGGUGGAGGCGAGUCAUCUGCAAGCGGCGCUGCAACAACACCAUCAUCACCACCAUCAGCAUCAGCAUUCGUCACACCCCCAUCAUCAGUCACCAACUGGCGGUCCACCUCCGCCGCCACUGCCGCCGCCGCACUACAGUCACCAACAACAUUUGGCCGCAUUGGCAGCACACGCCCAGGCACAGGCACAGGCGCAGGCACAACAGGAGCAAAAAUUCGCCAAAUCAUCGUCGCCAACAUUGGCUAAUCAACCGAACGCCGCUUCGUAUUUCAGUCUCGCUAACGGCUCCGGUGCACUUUGCGGUAGCGGCGGCAACGUCAGCGGCACUAAUCACGCCAAUCUUUUGGAUUACGACGAACACUCGAUGUCUUCAUUGUCGGCAAGUGGCGAGAUCGAUGCAGGCGAUGAGGAUGACAUGAAAGCGGGGCAUGGCGACAUGUCGGGCACAAUUGAUGUUACCUCGCCGCAAUCACCCGCAACACACUCGCCACAUUCGCCAUCCUCAAAUUACAACAAUGCCGCAGCGUCUGGUAAUGCAAUGCAUUUUGGCGGAUUAAAACGUAAAUCUUCCGUUUCCUACUGUGAUGACUUGGAUGCGGCUGGCGAGGCGAAUGAGUCCAAAUUAGCCAACGGAAAUGCUUUAGAAAAUUACACAAUGAAAAGUUUUGAGGGCAUACGUGCGCGUACUUUGGAAGAGCAAAUGCAACAACAGCAGCAAUUCCAACAACGUCACAUGGACGAUUAUCGCUUGGUUGGCGGCAGCGGGCCCGGCGGCGAUGGUCAGGAUCGUCUGAACGACGCCGACAGUGUGGUGAAUGGCAGCUGUGCGUCGAGUGAGGACCUAAAUCAGACCAACUCAAGUGAACAGGGCGAAAAGAUAACUUCCGGCAGUGACGAUGAAGCUCAAGAUGACAACUGCUCGAAGAAAAAACAUCGUCGCAAUCGCACCACUUUCACCACGUAUCAACUUCAUGAACUGGAACGUGCUUUUGAGAAGUCUCACUAUCCGGAUGUCUAUUCGCGCGAAGAGUUAGCGAUGAAAGUGAAUUUACCGGAGGUUAGAGUGCAGGUCUGGUUCCAGAAUCGUCGCGCCAAAUGGCGUCGCCAGGAGAAAUCAGAAAGCCUCCGCCUCGGUCUCACACACUUCACACAACUACCGCACCGCUUGGGUUGUGGCGCUGGCGGCCUAUCAGUCGAUCCUUGGCUAUCACCGCCACUACUCUCCGCACUGCCAGGUUUCCUUUCACACCCGCAGACCGUCUAUCCCAGCUAUUUGACGCCCCCACUUAGUUUGGCACCAUCUAGCUUGGCAAUGAGCAGUCUGGCCGCCAUGGGUCAUGGACCGCACGGACCCGUCAUGCAUCCAGCACAUCCACCGCCACCACCCUCAAGUCUAGCUGGCGUACCACCACCACCACCGCCGCCACAACUAGCACAAACACAAUCGGUACUGGGCGCUGGUCAUCAUGUACAAUUGUCACAUUUAUCACCACAUCUGUCACGCAUGUCACCACAAAGUUUGGCCACAAUGCCACCACAGCUGAGUUCAUCCAACGCGACGCCAUCAUCAUCAUCGUCCGCCGUCGUUACUGCAUCUAUGUCAUCGGCUGCUGCAAUAGCGAAUGCACUGGCGCCAACGUCCAUGCCAACGAAUGCAGCGGGUAUGCGUACGGCACUUUCGCCACUGGUAACGGUUAUGUCUGGUGGACUGCCACCACCACCGCUCACAACCUUGCCUGCUGCCGCAUCUGUCGGAGCGCACAACUCACCGCCAACACCACCAACACGCGCCACACAACCAACAAAUUUGGAACAGUCACCGCAAAAUCUCACCACAACUAACGAUGCCAGCAGCGAAGCAAUGCACAUCGCUGGCGGUGACGGUGUCAGUGUCGGUGUCGGUGGCGCGGGUGGUGGUAAUAAUAAAUGUAAUGCGAGCGGCAUGGAACUACUCGAUGUGGGUCGCGAUAGCCCACCGCCAAGUCAUGCGCUGAGCAAUAAUAACUCAUCGACCAAUCCCAUUAGUCGGCAAUCGCCGAUUUCGGCAAAUCAACCGCAGACAGCGGAUAUACGCUCCAAUUCCAUAGCGACGCUGCGCAUCAAAGCCAAGGAGCAUUUGGAAAGCAUAAAUAAAGGUCUGGCCAUGGUCUAAAUGCAACCCGACUGCGCCACCUCCAAUAGCCAGUCACCAGAGUACCAGGUCUUUUAGCAGCCACAAGCGGUGGCAAGCAGUGGA